CCAACCCUAAUUAUAUAAAAUCACACCAAAUCUGUUGUCGUUUUACGAUUUUACCGUCUGAGCACCAAAGAAAAAGAAGACUCCACCAUGCCGUCACACAAGACAUUCAUGAUCAAAAAGAAGCUUGCCAAGAAGAUGAGGCAGAACAGGCCCAUUCCAAACUGGAUUCGAAUGAGGACCGAUAACAAAAUCAGGUACAAUGCCAAGCGCAGGCACUGGCGCAGAACGAAGCUUGGAUUUUGAGGUGUUUUUAUUUGCUGUUUGUUAAAUUCAACACUCAGCUACAUGGUUUCCAUUUAUGUGUAGUUUACCUUAAUUAUGAAUGAUCUAUGAUUUGAAAUUGUUUUUGGUGAAGAACUUAUUGCUUUUUUGGUGGUUGGAU